AUGAAUUUAUUAAAUUAUAAAAUUAUUGCGAUUAUUUUAUCAUUCUUGUUGACAAACGCAUCUGGAUUUAUUCCGUCAAAACGUUAUGGGCAUACUGCGAAUUAUAAUGACACUGAAAAUAAAAUUUACUUUUUUGGAGGAGCAUUAGAUGACGAUAGCAUUUCAGUUGAUUUCUUUACACUUGAAGUAAAAUCACUAAAAUUUGAACAGCAACAAAUAAUUAGUAAUCCUCCCGAGGUAGUUUUCGCAACCUCAGUGAUAAAUAAUUCAAAGAUUUACGUAUAUAAAGGUCGUGAUGGCACAACGUUAUAUCAAGGCUUCUUCUCUAUUGAUAUAUCGAAUGAAAUAUCAUCUUGGAAAUCCCUUGAUAGACUAAUGUAUAAUCCAACUACUGUCAAUGCGAUAAUCGAUUCAUCUGGGAAAAUUUAUGUUUUCGCUAUAUUUGCUCAACAAACCUUUUCAAAAUCAUUACCACCAGAUUGUAAAAUGUUUGUUUACGAUACAUAUAGAAAAUCUUGGAAUCCUUUGGACCCCAUCACAAAUGAAGAUUUUGAUCGAUCAAAAUUACCAGUUUCUGGUUUUACUGCUACAUAUUUACCAAACUCUAAUUCCAUAAUCUACAUAGGCGGCAAAUCUUUUAAUGGAAAUUUAAUACCAAUGAAUCAGAUUUGGAUAUACAGUAUUUCAGAUAAUAAAUUGAAAAUGAGUUGGAUAUACAGUAUUUCAGAUAAUAAAUUGACAAUGACGGAUACAAAUAACAUAGACGGUCGAUAUGGACAUUCAGCAUGCUUAGUGCAAAACAAGGUCAUCAUUUACGGCGGACUUUCAACACAACCUCUUAAUUCUAAUAAUGCUUUGGCAAUUCUGGAUAUAAAUGACGAUGAAAUUUACAGUUGGAGCACACAUAAGAUACCGAAUAAUCAAACUAUUCCUUACUAUCAUACUGCAACGACUAUCAACGAUGCUUAUAUGCUCGUUGCAUUCGGGAAAGACAUUGUGGAUACCAUAUCGUAUGCAAAUCUAUUUGAAGGCGAUCAAAUCAAACCAUGGAAGAAAAAUCAUAUUGAAGACAAAUUGGCAAUAUCAACUGGAGAAAGUGUAUCAAAUACAAGUUUUAUUUCGAUUCUUAAAGUAGAGGAUUAUACAUGGGUAUCUUCACUUAAUGAAGAAACUGGUUCAAAAUCAACAAAGGAGCUACCAAAUUCAAACAUGCCUGGUUCGACUCAAUUCUCUGGCUCAAAUUCGACAUCUCCGAAAAGUAAAGCAAAUGUUGGCAGUAUAGUAGGUGGUGUCAUAGGAGGAAUUUUAGGUGUUAUUCUUUUAGCCGGUCUUGUAUUUUUCUUUUAUCGUAGAAACAAUACAAAAAGGCACAGAAAUUCCGAAAGUUUCCACGAAUUAACAGCUUCGACGAUGCAAAAUUCAACACAACAAUCAUUAAUUUCAAAUUCCCAAUCACUACCGUCAUUCCCAUGGGAGAGUCCACUAAAACCUAACCCAUCAAUUCAGCCAUUGCAAGCUGAACAAUCCGCUCCAAAUUCCCGACCACUUCCAUCAAUUCCAUGGGUAAAUCCUAACACUUCAACUCAGCCAUUGCAAGCUGAACAAUCUGUUCCAAAUUCCCGAUCACUUCCAUGGGUGAAUCCUAACAUUUCAGCUCAGCCAUUGCAAGCUGAACAAUCUGCUCUAGUUAUGUUAAUUCCUCCGUUAACAAACCUAAAUAUGUCUGAAUUAUCUUCGGUCGAAUCUCGUCAGCCUCUUGAUUCGAGUAGCUCGGGUCCAUCUCUUUUAAGUAUACCAUUAGUUAGCUCUAAUCCAUUCUCGCCAUUUUAUGAUGAAUAA